GCGACAUGCCGACCCAUUAUAAAUUGAUAACUCCGCCGUUUAUUAAGUUCCACGACCGAUGCCUGCUUAGGCAAAGAGCCCCCUACGUACCGUGCUGCGCUUACCCUCGUGCUCUCUCUCCCUCCCUCUCCCUUUCUCUUUCUCUCUCUCUCUCUAUCUCUCUCUUUACAUCUCGCUCGCUCUCCCUUUCAACCCCGCGUAGCUCCUCUCUCGCCGAUACAUACAUUAUUUAUUUACGCGAGUUUACAAUCCCUCUAAUGGGGAUUGGCGUAAUCGGCCACCCAUCCGUUCCCCUCCGCGCCGCCUCUGUUCCCCGUAUAACCGCCCCCCCCCCCUGCAGCACGCCGCUGUCGCGCUCCCUCUUAAUCAUGUUUCACCCCGCUUUCGAAAAUCCGCGCGUCGCGCCCGACGAAAUCGGAAGUGGCUCCAGUGCUUUGCUUUCCGAGGGCUAUCGCGAUCCACGGUCCAUACAUCGGCCGCUCCAGAAAAAUCUGACCGCAUGAAGGGAAUGCGAGACAGUGGAGGGAAGACACAAGGCGAUCAGAAACACAUGUCAUUUGUCAUUUAAUUUACCGAGAUCGAGUUCGCCAAUGAUUCUUCGCUAACGUGGCUUGAAGCUUCAGAAGCUUCAGUUUUGCUGAUACAAAUCCUAAAAUUCUAUUUCUCCUUUGCAUUGAUCUUGAAUUGGCGCGUAUUCAAACUAUAGUACACCAUAAAAGGGACUUUACUCGUCCAUCCUAGAAACUUGUUUGUCCAUUAACAGGAUGAACAAUAGUAUAACAUUUACAAAAUAUUUACUUAAAAUUAUAUAUUCCCAUGCAUCGUAAAAUAAUCAAUUUGACAACAUAAAAGUUCAAUUGCAAGAGAUACCGCUCGCUUAAACGCACGCAAAGACUCCCCUUUUUUAUCGCGAAAGAGAUCACGAAAUUAACGGAUAUCUGCAUGUGGUUGCAGAUUGGCGCGGUCCACGCCCAUCAGCCGAACAAUAACCACCACCAACAUCACCAGCAACAACAGCAGCAACAGCAGCAACAGCCGUCGAGUCAACCGCAGGUGCCGGGUGCUGGCGCGGGAGGGGCCGGCGGGCCGGGGGGCGGCGCGGCGGUGGCCAGGGCCGGAGGCAUGUUCUGCUACCACUGCCCCCCGGGCCUCCCGGCGCCGCGAUUACCGCCGUCCCUGGAGUAUCCUUUCGCCCCGACGCACCCCUAUACCAGUUACUCCGCAUAUCACCCAGCAUUACACGGAGUCGGCGAGGAUUCCUUCGUGAGGAGGAAGCAACGGCGGAACAGGACGACUUUCACCCUCCAACAACUGGAGGAACUCGAGUCUGCCUUCGCGCAGACUCACUAUCCGGACGUCUUUACGAGGGAAGAUCUGGCUAUGAAGAUUAAUCUCACGGAGGCGAGAGUACAGGUAUGGUUCCAAAACCGGCGAGCGAAAUGGCGUAAGAGCGAGCGGCUGAAGGAGGAGCAACGGAAACGCGAAGGUGGUGGUGGCAGCGGUAGCGGCGGCGGUGGCAGUGGCGGAAACGUGGAAUCCUCCGCUCUGACCGCGCCGACGUCCUCUUCGGCGGGCCCAAGUCCCACGGGGAACGACCCGGAGGGCACCACGACGAGUAGCAGCGCCGCUGAUACGGAGGAUGCCGUGGCGGAGGGUGCUGGCGGCGGUGGCGGCGGCGGCGGCUCCAGGAGCCCCAGCACGACUUCCGCCUCGGUCAGUCCCCGGCCUCAGCCGAGUCAGCCGUCCCUGGGUGGCGUCUCGACGCCACCACCGACCCCCAUAAGGGCGCCACUGCCGCCACCGAGCACCGUGGGGGGCCUCGGACCGCCCGCUGAGAGCACGGGAAUAGGCGCUGGUUUCAGGCCGGUGGAACCACCUACUUCUCUCUUCUUUUCACCCCAUUUGGCCGCCCAGUUCUCACCGCCGCUCUUCGGCAAUAAGAUCGUCAGCAGUGCGUCAUCGUCGCUGACCUCUACGACGCCAUCGCUGUGGACCACUAGCGAUCAGCACCGACCGAGUAGCCUACAGGAGAUGCUGUCCUGGUCGCCAACCGGCUGGCCCAGUUCUAUCUGCGGCUGUUGCAAACCUGGUACCGCCGGUACCGGAAGUGCUGAUCUUCAUCGGAGCCACAGCCUGGCUGAGCUCCGAAGGAAAGCUCAGGAACACUCGACGGCUUCGGCUCUUCUUGGCGGUCUUGCCGGCUUUCCCGGUGGUUUACCCCUACAUUUGCCCUUGCCGUUGCUGCCACCUUUGCUGGGCCUCUCUAGGCGACCGGAACAUCAUCAUCAUCACCUGCCCGGCGUGGUGCAUCAGAUACAACCUGCUACCAAAGAGGAUCCCUAGGAUUGCUUCGGCGAAUGCCAAAAUCUUGUAGACGCGGCGUAACUCUCGUAAAGGGAUAUUCCGCGUGUAUCGGGUGAUUGCAAGUCGAGGCUUGAGAGCCGUGUAAUGAUCUCGCAGUGAGCUCGAAUUUUUUAAUGUUAUAGAAGCAAGACAAUUUUAUAUUUUACAAUGACGUAAUAUUUAUGACCUAAAACUAAACUUAAAAAUAACAGAAAAGAUUAUUUUUCUCGGCAACAUAUUGCUUGGAAGAAGACUCAACAACAAUUUAUUAUACAUCAUCGAUUAUUAUUAAAAAAAUAUAAAUAUAAUAUUUUCUGUUAUUUUUUGAUAGUUUGGAAUUUUAGAGCUUAUGUUAAAUUAUGUGAAUUUAAUGAAUUAAAUAACUUUUGAAUUCGGAUGUGAUUCAAAUAAUAGAUUGUCCUAAAAUUCAUUUUUCCGUGUUUAUAACAUCGAAAAUUAAACUCAUCGAGAUCAUACUACUCUCAACCUUUCGUUACAAGUGCUUUCCUUAUCACAAUUGCAUUUUGGUCUUAUCGUAUUUUUUGGGCAAAAGAAAAAUUGAGUUUUGGCGUUGUGAUACUUCAAACGAGUGCACGAAUGUAAGGAUCUCAAUUCUGAAAGAUAAUGAAGAAUUAACUAAUCAUAAUUCGCAAGUUAUGAAAUAAUAACUUUUUUUCAUAAGGUGAUUCGUGCAAAUAUUACUGCAAACUUACUCAAUCUUAUUCAAUCUUAAAUCACAAUUUGUUAAUACAACACGAAUUUUCUCAAGAAUUUAUUAUAUAACACUGAUAGAAAACUUAUUUUAGUUUUUUGUGAUGUGUUCUGAAAAACAGUUGCAUAUGAAACGGAUCGCUUUUAUACAAUCUAAUAAACUAUCUUUUAUCUGAAUCGAGGAAAUUUUCUUAUUAAAAUUUUAAAUAAAUAUGUAUUGUUUUUCAUUUUGUUUAUAAUAUUUCUUAAAUUUCUGUCUGUUUAAUUCCAUAAUCGGAAACAAGAUACCAUUAAUGCUCGUUAAAUAUGCAAUAAACUGUUAAAUAAUGCCUAACCAUCAAUUUGCAGAUUACUUUGUUAUAAUCGUGGGCAUUGUAAAUAGGUGGCGUGCAUUACAAUAAUCUUCAAUAGUAUCCACAGACAUACAUGAAUCUUUUUCUCAUACAUGUGAUCAACAAUAAUGUCCAAAUCUUCAUUCUAUGCAGAAUGCUAAUUUAUUUAUUAUUUCAGCUCGCAAUCUAAACAGAUUUGUAUUACCACUACACUAUUUCCAACCUACGAAAAUUAUUAAGUUCCCGAUGUAACAUAAAACAGUUGAAAUCCAUUAUUUCGAAUAAAGAAAAAUUUCGAAGAAAAUUCGACAGAAAGAGGAGACUAGAUUUCGAUUAGACGUCUUGAAUCGGAUAUAUUAAAACGUCGCGAUACGUUUGUACAUAAUGCAAAUAAUGAUGAUGAAAAUGGGAACGAGGGCGGCAUGCAGAUGUGUCGAAGUCUGCAGGGAUGUGUAGCAAAGUGUUCACGAAUGGUUUCGUUUCCCUCCACGCGAGUAAGAAGACGCGACGGACCAACACGUGCCUGAUGCGCUGUAUAUUCAAUUGCACGAUACGUUCGACCAGUCGAUCCGUUCAGCCACGCGGACGGGCUCAAGUACGCAUUCAUUAUAACAUUUCUACACGAGCCGGGAUGAAACCGAUAUUAAUCUCAAUUUAGAUUUCGAUACUUGAAUUGAAUUGAAUUGAGAGUAAUGUUUCAUUGAGAGUACAUAUUGAUAUUGAUUUCGUCAAUGAAAUUAUCUCAGCGAAAUUAUAUGGGUUUUAUAUCGGCUUUUCCGGCUCUCAGACAACAGAAGAAACGCGUUUUGAAUUCGGCAACUGCUCUUAUAUGCCUUAAAAGAAAUCGUCGGUUGGCGAUACUAAUCAAUUUCAGAUCUUUGCCACGUAUGUGCAAUUACGUAAUCAUCAAAUUAAAUCAGGAAGCUCGAGGAAGAGAAGGAAUAAUCGCAUGGUAGCAUAAGAAAGAGCGAGACUACAGAGAGGAUUUGGUUUGAUGCUUACGAGUAAAUUCGACGAGAUAACGAUAAUUCCGUUUAUGUCGUAAUUCCUCCGGAUUUCGCUGAAAGCGAAAGGCGUAGAGAAGCGGAGCGGACGUAGUUGUUUGUAGAGACCUGUAUAUUACCUCCUGAUAAACAGUCAGUGCUAAUCAAAGAUAAUCUAAUGAAAGGUAUAUAUUGUAAGGUAGCGAUUAUUGUGUAGUCAGAACUGUGGUAGCGAUAUAUCGAAUAAACUUGUUCUCUCAUGGAUGA